AUGUCUGUCUUUAUUUCUGGUGCUACAGGUUUUAUUGCCCAACAUAUAAUCAGUCAACUUUUAGAACAAAACUUCAAAGUCAUUGGUUCUGUUAGGUCCCAAAGUAAGGCUGACAAACUCUUAGGACAAUUCAACGGAAACAAAAAUCUUUCUUUCGAAAUAGUUGAGGAUAUCUCCGAUUUAACAGCUUUCAAUGAAGUUUUUGCUAAACAUGGAAAGGAGAUUAAAUAUGUAUUACAUACCUCAUCUCCCUUCUUCACUGACUGUGAUGAUUAUGAGAAGGAUUUAUUGGUACCAGCUUUGAAUGGUACGAAAGGUAUUUUGCACUCGAUCUUGAAAUAUGCUGCUGAUACAGUUGAACGUGUCGUCAUUACAUCAAGUGUUGCUGCCAUGUUCGACUUCACAAAAGAUUUGGAUCCAUCGUAUUCUUACAACGAAAACACUUGGAACCCAGAUUCAUAUGAAGACGCUUUAAUUGACGGUGGUCAUGCUUAUAACGGCUCCAAAAAGCUUGCUGAAAAAUAUGCUUGGGAUUUUGUUGAAGAACAUAGAAAUGAAAUUAAGUUCAAACUAACUACUGUUAACCCUUCUUAUGUUUUUGGCCCACAACGUUUCGAUGAAAAUGUUAGUUCUAAGUUGAAUACGUCCUGUGAGCUUAUUCACAAGUUAAUGCUCUCUUCCGCUGAUGAUAAAGUAGAUAACUCCUUUGUUGGAUCCUUUAUCGAUGUACGUGAUGUCGCAAAGGCUCAUCUGCUAGCUUUCCAAAGACCAACUUUGAUAGGGAAGAGGUUGCUUUUAAUUUCAAGUAGAUUCAAUGCACAGGAUAUUCUUGAUGUUAUGAACGAAGAUUUUCCAAGUUUAAAGGGGAGAAUUCCAGUUGGCAAACCUCAAAGUGGUGCUUUACAUAACUGGAAAGGUUCUUUUGCUGACAACUCAAAGACAAAGGAAUUGUUAGGAUUCGAGUUUAUGCCCUUAAAGAAAAGUAUUGAUGAUACGGUCACACAAAUUUUGAAACAUGAACACAAUUUAUGA